GCUCCCAAGAUGGCGGCGGCGGCGGCCUCGGUGCCGGUGCGGGUCUGCAACCAGGAGAUCGUCAGGUUCGACCUGGAGAUCAAGGCGGCCGUGCAGGACAUCCGGGACUGCCCGGGGCCGCUGAGCGCCCUCACGGAGCUCAACGCCGCCGUCAAGCAGAAGUUCCAGCAGCUCCGCGGCCGCCUCCAGGAACUUGAACAGAUGGCGAAGGAGCAAGAUAAAGAAUCGGAGAAACAGGCCUUGCUCCAGGAAGUGGAAAACCAUAAAAAACAGAUGCUCAGCAAUCAGGCAGCUUGGAGAAAGGCAAAUCUAGCGUGCAAAAUUGCUAUUGACAACUCUGAGAAAGAUCAGCUGCUGCAGGGAAGAGACACCUUAAGGCAAAGAAAGACUACAAAGGAGAGUCUGGCAGAGAGUGCAAGUAACAUCACAGAGAGUCUAAUGGGCAUUAGCAGGAUGAUGUCCCAGCAAGUCCAGCAGAGUGAGGAGACUGUGCAAACUCUAGCUAAUUCUUCACGAACCAUCCUGGAAGCAAACGAAGAAUUUAAGUCUAUGUCUGGGACAAUUCAGUUGGGAAGAAAGCUAAUAACAAAGUAUAACCGCAGGGAACUGACAGACAAGCUUCUCAUCUUUCUUGCCCUUGCCUUAUUCCUCGCCACUGUGCUCUAUAUUUUGAAGAAAAGACUCUUUCCAUUUUUAUAAAAUUCCAAAGUUCUUACUGAACUAUAUGAUACCUGAUAUGAAAUACUGGGAAGAGAUGGUGUAAUAAUGGUAAGGCUUAUUGUAAAAGGGGUAUGGCAGUAGCUGAAAGAGCGUUAGAGCAGGCAUGACUUUAUACUGUCUAAAUGGAGUGUGAGACCUGCCUAAGAAGAACUUAAAAGAGCACAAGUCAGGGAGGAGCAGCUAGAUCAAGGGGUGGAAAGAAGAAACACCCCUCUGCUGCAGGUUUAGGGAACCAAACAAACACUUGAUGAAAUAGGCAUUCAGAGGUGCCAGUCUUAACUUUGUCCCUUUCUUCUGUUUUGCCAUAAAGUGAAGUUUGCCCUUGGCUUGGACGGGAAGUUGCAUUGAUACCUGUAUGUAACUGUAAGGUGCUGAGAACUAGAGGAAGGAUGGGAGAGAAAUUCAUGUACAUUCCACUAAUAAACUAUUUAUUGUAUCCAUAUAAACUGAUUUUUGUUUUAAAAAAAUUACAGUGGGCUGAGAGAGCCUGAAUAUCUUCUUUAAGUUCUGUUUAACACCAGCAACAGUGGAUGCCUAUGAAAAUGUUUUUUUAGGGUUGUAGCACACACGUAGUCUGGCUCUGUUGAGGCUUGGCUUUGAAGGGCUCUGACUACAGAAAAAAAUGGAAACCUCAUUUGUUCCUAUUAAUUCAUGCAAUAUAUUUAUGAAAAUUACACUAUAAGUUUAAACCUUUA